UGAAUAAACGCGUGUGUGUGUGUUUUAGGGAGAUCACAUCACUCCUGUAUGUAGCUGUGCACAUGUCUCGUGGUGCUUUGUGUGUUUAGACACAGGACGGGCUCAACUUUGAUCAGUUUAGCAGGUCAGUCAGUAGACAUCCUUAGCAAAGCUAGCUGACUCACGUUUGGUGACUACCAUAACACUCCACAAGUAAACAUUUUAAAGACGAUUGUUUUAGGAGCUGCUGAAACCGAUGGGAUAUUGAAGACCGGUGGGAGCAGAAGCUAGUUUGGGAUGCAGCGGUUAGUGUGUGCGAGAGUCUUCCGGCAGACUGCUGUCCUGCUGCAGACCAGUCCUCCGUCCCGCAGCCGUCCCGCACAGAUGCUGGCUCCCGCGGCCCACAGCUGCUGGAAACGCCUGAGCUCCAGCCCGCGAUGGUUGUGCUCCCAGAGAAACACCGGCAGAGAUCAUCCGGGAAACCCUGCUCCGGCGCAGGAGGAUCCGGACCCUCUGCAGGACAAAUCCAUUGGCCUCAUUCAGAGAUUCAAGAAAACCUUUAAGCAGUACGGCAAGGUCGUGAUCCCUGUGCACCUGCUGACCUCUACAGUGUGGUUCGGCACUUUUUACUACGCUGCAAUGAAAGGAGUGAAUUUGGUACCCUUUCUGGAGUAUGUUGGGUUUCCUGACAAGGUGGUGAAACUCCUGGAGAAUUCCCAGAGCGGCUACGCACUGACCGCUUAUGCCAUGUAUAAGAUCGCCACACCUGCGCGCUACACGGUGACUCUCGGAGGAACGUCGCUGUCCGUGAAGUACCUGAGGAAGCACGGAUACAUGUCCACCCCUCCACCCGUGAAGGAAUACCUGCAGGAGAAGAUGGAGGAGACCAAAGAGAGGAUCUCUGGGAAAAUGGAGGAGACCAAGGAUCGUAUAUCCGGGAGGAUGGAGGAAACCAAAGACAAGUUCACAGAAAAACUUCAAGAAACCAAAGACAAAGUGUCUUUCCGAAAGAAAAAGGAAUAGGUUUAUAGACUUACUCCCCCCAUAAUUUCAUGAAGAUUCAUAUUAUUUAAUAAUAAUAAUAAUAAUAAUAAUGCACUUAAGGAAACAACAUUUCUUAUGCAUAUAUAAAGUAGUGUAAUGUAGCCUGUAAGCUCUACACUUACUGUUCACAAAAUAUGCUAUACUAUCACAAGUGAGAUUAUGGUUCAUAAAUUGAACAUAGUUUCUAGAUAUAAAAUAUCACAGUCUGCUGAAAGCCGUUGGACUCUACUUGAAGUGUUUUUUAACGGACGAGAGUGUGUUUUCUAAGAGAACGGCAGGUGUAAUGUGUCCAGUAUCGUAUAUGUAAUAAUUAGUUGAGUUUACCACAUAACACUGGCUCUUAUUUAAAUGAAGGGUUCUAAGCAGCACAGACUUGUCACAUACGGUACUGAGAAUAAAAUCUUAAAUUUAUUGUAACUUGGUAUUACGCAAAAGCUGAAAUUGUACGUUAAGAUGUAAACCAGCUUAUGUUGUUGUUUAAAAUACUGAAAAAACAUUAUACAGAAAAAUUUACAAAUAGUGCUGACAUUCAUUCUGCAAAUCAGCAACAGCCUUUGUGUCUUGUUUCCAAUUCAGUACACUCCUGCCAUAUUCAUGUGUUUCACUUAUGCGAGCUCAUCUUCAGCUGUCAAUGUCUGUGGAGUGUCACAUUUCUCAAGUCCUGUUUUUCUUUAAUUUUGCAUAGUGACUAAUGAAGGUUAAUAAUUGAACUGAUUAUCAGGCUGCCGACGCACUUGGGCUGUUUGGGUCUGAUGGGAUUUUGAGGCCUUUUAUUAUCUGUUGACGGAUCUUCCACUUGGCUGUCACCAAUAACAAUAAAAAAGAUAUUAUUUGAAA